AUGAAGUUGUUUGUCGUUCUUUCAGCAAUCGUAGCGGUUGGUUGUGCUAUGCCGCAAUUCGGCAGCAAUAAUGCUGAAGCUAACGCCAAUGCUGAUGCGAACUCUCAAGGGGGUCCUGGUUUCGGAAACCAGCCUGGUUAUGGUGGUGGCUUUGGCGGAAAUUCUGGCUUUGGAGGCGGUUUUGGUGGAAAUAAUGGCUUUGGUGGCGGUUAUGGUGGAAAUCCUGGUUUUGGAGGCGGUUUUGGUGGAAAUCCUGGUUUUGGUGGCGGUUAUGGCGGAAAUCGUGGAUUCGGGGGAGGUUUCGGUUACAAUCCCGGUUAUGGUGGUGCGCCUAACUUUGGCAAUUCCAAUUCCAAAGCCGAUGCCAAUGCCAUUGCUAAUUCCAACGGCGGUGGAUUCGGUGGAAGUUCUGCCAGUGCAAGCGCUGAUGCCUCUGCUAGCUCUAAUGGCUUCGGUGAUGCCAGUUCCGUCGCAAACGCCAAUGCGGACAGCUUUGGAAAGUAA